GCAUUUGGGGUCACAACUUUGUGAAUUAGAAAAGCUGAUUGAUAAAAUGAUGAUUGCAGAAUUUUCUACUUACUCUCAUAGUGACUUAAAUAGACCACUGGACGGUGAAUGUCAAGUUUUAGAAGAGGAAAGAUUAGUAUCUCUUAUAUUUGGGCUUUUAAAGCAGAGAAAACUUAAUUUUUUAGAAAUCUAUGGUGAAGAAAUGAUUAUUACAGCAAAGAACAUCAUUAAGGAGUGUGUGAUUAAUAAAGUUUCACAAAUAGAAGAAAUAGACACAGAUGUUGUUGUGAAACUUGCAGAUCAAAUGAGAAUGUUGAAUUUUCCCCAGUGGAUUGAUCUGUUAAAGGAUAUUUUCUCUAAGUUUACAGUUUUCCUACAGAGAGUUAAGGCAACAUUGAAUAUCAUUCACAGUGUUGUUCUCUCAGUUCUUGACAAAAACCAGAGGACUAGAGAACUGGAGGAGAUUUCACAUCAGAGGAGUGCUGCAAAGGACAAUGCCUUGGACACAGAGGUGGCUUAUUUGACCCACGAGGGCUUGUUCAUAAGUGAUGCUUUCGGGGAGGGUGAGCUAGCACCUGCAGCAGUUGAUACUACCUCUCAGAGAAACACAUCUCCAAAUAGUGAGCCCUGCAGCAGUGAUUCAGUAUCUGAACCAGAGUGUACUGAUUCUUCAUCCAGCAAGGAGCAGACAUCUGCAUCUGCUACACCAGGAGGCAUAGACGUUAUGGUCAGUGAAGACAUGAGAUUAACUGACUUGGAGCUAGGAAAAUUAGCAAGCAACAUCCAGGAAUUAUUGUGUAGUGCUUCAGAUAUAUGCCACGAUCGAGCUGUCAAGUUUCUCAUGUCAAGAGCAAAGGAUGGUUUCCUUGAAAAGUUAAAUUCUACAGAAUUCAUAACACUCUCAAGAUUAAUGGAGACGUUCAUUAUGGACACUGAGCAGAUCUGUGGGAGGAAGAGCACGUCACUGCUCGGGGCUCUUCAGAGCCAAGCCAAUAAGUUUGUGAACAGGUUUCAUGAAGAGAGGCGGACCAAGCUCAGCCUCCUCUUAGACAAUGAGCGUUGGAAGCAAGCUGAUGUUCCUGCAGAAUUUCAGGAUCUUGUUGAUUCUAUAGCAGAUGGAAAGAUUGCUUUACCUGAAAAAAAAACAGCAGCUACAGAAGAAAGGAAGCCAGCUGAAGUCCUUGUUGUUGAGGGACACCAGUAUGCUGUUGUUGGAACUGUCUUGCUGUUAAUUAGAAUCAUCCUUGAAUAUUGCCAAUGUGUGGAUAACAUCCCAUCUGUCACCACUGACAUGCUCACUCGUCUGACAGAUUUGUUGAAGUACUUCAAUUCAAGAAGUUGCCAGUUAGUUCUUGGAGCCGGUGCAUUGCAAGUUGUUGGACUAAAAACAAUUACUACAAAAAAUUUGGCCCUGUCUUCGAGGUGUUUGCAGUUGAUUGUGCACUACAUUCCUGUGAUCCGGGCUCACUUUGAAGCUCGACUACCCCCUAAGCAAUGGAGCAUGCUUAGGCAUUUUGAUCACAUCACCAAGUAUUAUUUCUCAUUACAGGAUUACCAUGACCAUAUAGCUGAAAUAUCAGCCAAGCUUGUAGCGAUAAUGGACAGCCUGUUUGAUAAGCUGUUGUCAAAGUACGAGGUGAAAGCUCCUGUCCCUUCCCCUUGUUUCAGGAAUAUUUGUAAGCAAAUGACAAAAAUGCAUGAAGCUAUAUUUGAUCUUCUUCCUGAAGAACAAACACGGAUGUUGUUUUUAAGAAUUAAUGCAAGUUACAAACUCCACCUGAAAAAGCAGUUGUCACACUUAAAUGUAAUAAAUGAUGGAGGACCUCAAAAUGGGCUGGUCACAGCAGAUGUAGCUUUUUACACUGGAAAUCUUCAAGCCUUAAAAGGCCUUAAAGACCUGGAUCUAAAUAUGGCUGAGAUCUGGGAACAGAAGAGGUGAUGGCAGACUGGAAACCAGGUAGUCAUCUGACCACAGGAUGUGUUUCUGAAGAAAAUAUGGAUGCCUGGUGUUUUAGGAAAUGAACAUGCGACAGUGUGAACUGAGGCGGGGGAAGGGAAGAGGAAGGGUCAGUGUUGGGAGCUGGAUUCAGUGGGAUCUACAAGGAAUGCCAUUUUUGUGCAUCCUUCAGUAAGGAGUAACUGAUCAGGUGUCUAUAACAUUUUUCAUUCUCUCUGGAAACAGACUCAGGUUUCUUUGGACCAAAUCCAAAAGAACACAUAGCUGUAACACAGCUGUAGUUGCCUAGAAUGCUCUGUAUACUUUAUAUUAAAAAUGCUCUGCAUUUCUUCCAGUGCAAUGAAAUUCAUACGGUGUCCCACCUUAUUUAAUGAUGGUACAAUUGAAAAUAUUAAAAUCUUAGUCAACCUCUGUAGAAAGUUUUCUCUAUGAAAGUAAAGCUGUUUGAAAAAUUAUUUUUUUACAGAUCUUUAUAAAAAAUAAACAUCUUUUGAUUGCUUGGAUUUAGGAAUUCAGUUUUUGUUUUAGUGACCAAUGUCAGUUUCAGGUUUUGUGUGUUGCAUAUUUAACCUUUUUACUACCACUGUAUGUCACUGGGUAAAGCCUCAAACCGCUCAAUAUAUGGAAGAUUGAUUAUAAGGAAUAAAGAAUAUUUGCAUUUACUUAUGCAACUACUAAUUUAAAUACUUUCCAGAAGUGAUAUACACAAAGCUAUGGUUUAAUAGCUGUAUUUAUAAAAGUACCUAUGAAGGGUUUGGGUUUGUAUUUGUUUUUUCUUUGCUUUUUUUACUUCUAGCAGAGGCAAGAAUACAUAUUUAUAUAAUAUGCCUUCUUACAAAUUCUCAUUUUAACAUUUAGAUAACACGAAAUAUGGCCCUCUUGGAUUCUUGCUUUUAAGUUACUUUUGAUAUGUAUAUAAGUGAAGACCAGGGAUAAACAGAACUUUUAAAAUCCAGGCUGCUGUGUCGGGGCCAGAAGUACAAGGUCAAUGAGUAAGCUAUUUGAAGACUUUAGAAUCGGCAGCACUCUACAAGUGAAAGUGCCUGUGCCUCACACCCAGAAUCUUGCCUCACCCUGUCAGAGUGCCUAAUCUUGUGGUGAUAAUGUAUAAUGAAAUAAUCUUAUCUUGUGGGUUUUUUUUCUUUUGUUUUCUCAAAAGGAUUUUUUUUAAUCAUUACAGAGGUAUGUCAUUGGUUCUUACUGUCAAAAAUAAAGAUGUAAAAAAAUCA